CUGACUGUGAGUCCCAGCAGCUCUCAGAUCUUUAAAAGAGACUUUGUGUCUCUGAGCUGUGAGGAGGACGACAGCUCUGCUGGAUGGACUCUGAGGAGAAACACAAGCAAACAACAGAGGACUCAGUGUGGAAGUACAUGGGGAAAACCAGCUGGUUCUUCAUGCAAAAUCACUAUGAUGCUUCAUGACAGUGGAGUUUACUGGUGUGAGUCCAGAGAGGGUCCCAUCAGUAACAUGGUUAACCUGACAGUCACUGGUGGAUCAGUGAUCCUGCAGAGUCCUGUCCUCCCUGUGAUGGAGGGAGAUGACGUCACUCUGCUCUGUAAAACAAAGACCACUCCCUCCAACCUCCCAGCUGCUUUCUAUAAAGAUGGCUCCCUCAUCAGGAAGCAGCCUACAGGUCACAUGACCAUCCAGCAUGUUUCCAGGUCUGAUGAAGGCCUCUACAAGUGUGACAUCAGCGGUCAUGGAGAGUCUCCAUCCAGCUGGAUCACUGGGAACACACCUCCACCUACAUCCACACCUCCACCUACAUCCACCUCUCCUCUUGUUCUCUCUGUGUUGUCAUGUGUCGGAUCAGUCUGUGUUGUGGUUCUACUGGUGUUACUGGUUCUGCUGGUGAGACGAUGUGUUCACAGGAAACCUGAAGGUGAGACUCAGACUUCCUGA